AAAUUCGUUAUGCUACGCCUACUGGAAGUACUUGUUGUACUAAACUAUACUAGACCCAAUAUUUUUCUUUAGGUAAAUCAGAUUAUUUUUUUCUGAGUAAUUUUUAGAUUUUGUCCCCUUGAAGGCCCAGACUGGCUUGUUAAAGGAAGGAGGGGGGGGGGAGGUUGCAUUCAUUGAUAUACGAAUAUAUGGAAUUGCGCAAAAAAACUACAAAGAAGCGCAAUCUAAAAACGUCAUAGUUGACUCCCUCGGUGAAGAAAUAGUCCGAUUUACAGAAGGAGAAUUAUUUCUAUCGUCUGACCGUGGCAUUUGAGAGUUUUUAGCAAAAAAUGGCAAUUUUGGUCAUGUGCCAGUGUGCCCGCCACGAUUAUAUUAGAUUAUAAUCGAGGCAAGCAUGGCACCAUAUGACGCAUCUGCCAUUGUGCCAGACACCCCUCGUUUGUGAGACACAUGGAGUGUUUGUUUUAUUGAACCAAAUGACGGGACAUUCUUGGAAUUUGGAAAGUGUGCAAUGAAAACAAACACUUCAUUUGUCUCUGAAACAAGGGUGUCUGCCCCGACACGAAGGCAGAUGCAUCAGAUCGUGCCAUGCUUGGAAUGCCCCAGUAAAUAUUUAAUUGACUGUCUCUACAGACUGUCUCGUAAAUGAGGGGUUUGCUCCUACUGUUAUAAUCAAUGUCUUUCAAUAUAGGCGAUAUCCUUGAAAUCAUAGAACUUUGCUGUACGGAAUGGAUAAGUUAUUGCUAAAUAAAUAGUGAAAUCAUUCGAAAUAAAUUUACUCUAGCAUUCGAGAGUUUCUAGCUAAAACAGUCCUGCAGUCAGGAAACGAACUUUCAAUUGUAGAAUUGAAUCGAAUUGAUUUAUAUUAUAAUCGCAACAAACAUGGCGCGAUGUUACGAAUCGGCAGUGGUGCCAGAUUCUUUCAGUGCUUUUUACUAAUUUCCGUGAACACUGAUUUUUAAUGUUAGUAAUAUAAAAAUUGUUGUUCUUUUUAUUUCAAAACUUUAAAAUUUCUAGACAAGGUUAUAUUAAAUUGUUUCAUUUUUUUAUGUUUCAUUUUAAAAUACAUUUUGUCAUAAUUUUGUAGGGUUUAUUAUUUUUAUAUCUGUCAAGUUAAAAAGCUGGUUUAUUCUGCUAGUUUUUUACAGUAAUUAUUGAAUAAAUAAAGUAAUAAUUGAAUAUAUUGACAUAGGAGUAAAAGUUGACAAGAUGAAACUUUUUGCACAUGUUUUCAAUAAUGCAUUUUUUCCAUUUUUACAUGCUUACUCAAUAUGAAUAAUAUUGUAAUAUAACUCGGUUCAUGGACUACUUUCUGUAUAAUGCUCCAUACUGGAUAUGAUUUGGGUAUACAUUAGAAGUAUUAUUUACCUUUUUCGAAAUGAAGAAUUGAUACAACAGUUCAAAUAUGCAUAUCAAAAGUGUCAGCAUACAAGGAUUUAGAAGCUAUCGUGAGUCAACUGAAAUCGAACCAUUUAGUCCUAAGCACAACAUCAUUGUCGGAAGAAAUGGAUCUGGGAAAAGUAACUUUUUCUCUGCUAUCCAAUUUGUUUUCAGUGACGAAUACAGUAAUUUGAGAGCAGAGCAAAGGCAGCAAUUACUUCACGAGGGAACAGGUGCUAGAGUCAUAUCUGCAUGUGUUGAAAUUGUGUUUGACAAUUCAGACAAUCGCUUACCUAUUGAAAAAGAUGAAGUCACACUUCGACGAGUCAUUGGUUCCAAAAAAGAUCAGUAUUUUUUGGACAAAAAAAUGGUGACAAAAAACGAUGUCAUGAAUUUGCUUGAAUCUGCCGGAUUUUCGAGAAGUAAUCCAUACUAUAUUGUAAAACAGGGCAAGAUUAACCAAAUGGCUACAGCUCCGGAUUCUUACAGACUUCGACUUCUUCGUGAAGUUGCAGGCACUAGAGUAUACGAUGAAAGAAAAAGUGAGAGCGAAACUUUGAUGAAAGAAUCUGAGACAAGACUUGCUGAUAUUGAAAAGGUUCUUGCUAUGAUAGAAGAUAGACUUUCAACUUUAAAUGAAGAAAAAGAAGAAUUGGCUCAAUAUCAACAGUGGGAUAAAACAAGGAGAGCUCUCGAAUACACAAUUUAUAAUCAAGAAUUGACAGACACCAGAAAUAAACUUGAUACUCUUUCAAACAAACGGGAAAACAAUUCACUUCAAACAAGGCAUUUGAGACAACAGCAAGAAGAAGCACAGAGGCAAACUAAAGACGCUCAAAAGCAACUGUCCAAUGUCAAUACUCGUAUCGAUCAACUUUCAGAAGAAAAAGAUCUAGCAACUUCUGAUAGACAAGAAUUGAUCAAGAAAAAGGCACAGCUGGAACUUGCUUGUACUGAUCUUCGUGAAGAAAUGGAAUCCGAUCAACGUUCCCUGGAGCAAGCGCAAGCUGAAUUGGGUGGAAUGAAUGAAAGAAUCCUGAAAAAGACAGAUGAACUAAAUGCAGUCACUCCGCAAUAUGAAGAAAUGGAAAAACUGGAAAGAGAAACUGAAAAAGAAUUGAAAGUUGCUGAGCAAAGAAGAAAAGAACUUUUUGCAAAACAAGGUCGUGGAAAUCAAUUUCGAUCUCGUGAAGAAAGAGAUACGUGGAUUAAAAAUGAAUUGAGAACGCUUGAACGUGGCGUUCGUGACAAACAGACGCAGAUCACAAACCUACAAGAAGAAAUUCAAAAUAGUCAAAAAAAUCAAGAAACUUUGCAGAAAUCUAUUUCAGAAAAAAAUUUGAAUAUUCAAGAACAUAAAACAAGGAUGGAUGCUCUCACGAGAGAAUCGACAAAUUUAAAGCGUUUGAAGGAUGAUUUACAGGGACAGAGACAAAGAUUAUGGAGAGAUGAAUCAAAGAUACUGCAAGAACUGGAUUCGAUUUCCUCUGAGAUAAAAGCUAAAGAACAUACUCUAAAUUCAAUUAUAGGAAAGGCCACUGUUCAUGGCCUCGAAAGCAUCAAAAGAGUAAUGAAAACCUUCUCUGAAAGAGGUCAGCAAGAUUUAGUUGAUGGGUAUAAAGGUAUGUUAAUGGAAAACUUUAGAUGUUCAAAAAAUUUCUUCACUUGUGUUGAAGUCACUGCUGGAGGAAGAUUAUUCAAUCACGUCGUGAGCACUGAUCGAAUUGGUACAAAAUAUCUCAAUGAAAUGAAUCAACAAAAACUACCUGGUGAAGUCACAUUUUUACCACUCAACAAACUAGAAGUUAGAGACGUUGAAUACCCGCAAACAUCGGAUGCCAUACCUAUGAUAAGUAAACUACAAUUUUCUGAUGAUUAUGGAGUCGCUAUUAAAUAUGUAUUUGGUAAAACCUUAAUUUGUCGCAGCAUGGAAGUUUCAACUCAGCUCGCUCGAGUUCACCAAUUGGAUUGUGUAACACUGGAAGGCGACCAAGUGAGUCGUCGUGGAGCUCUCACCGGUGGUUAUGUUGAUAACAGAAAAUCUCGUCUUGAUCUGUACACUGCCAAACAAGAUCUUCAUGCAAAAUUGGAAGAAAAACAAGAAGAGAUUGCUAGUAACAAGAGAGAACAACAAAAACUUGAAGCUGAAAGCACAAAAGUAAUGGACGAUUUGCAGAAAUUAGAAACAAAAAACAAAAAAAAUAAAGAUGUUUUCGAAAAAUUGAAAGCAGAUGUGAGGAUGCUGAAAGAACAACAGCAAGCAGCUCAACGUGCUCGAGAACCAAAAGAAAGAUCAUUAGCUGCUCUUCAAACUCAUUGCGAAGCCCUCAAGUCGACUGAAAAAUCUCUCAAAGAGGAAGUUGGGACCAAUUUACUGUCACAGCUAUCCGCGGAAGAUCAAAUGGAAGUUGAUCGCUUAAAUGAUCUUAUCAAACAGUUGACUGUUCAACACAAAGAUGCAGUGGGACAAAGAGUGAGAUUGGAAGGGAAGAAAACUAGCUUACAGAACUUACUGGAAGAUAAUCUUGUUAGACGAAAGGAACAACUUAUGCAGGAAAUGCAAGAACUUUCCGUUGAUGUCAGAAAACAAAAACUGGAACAGAGUGAUAAAGACCGAACCAUUACCGAAGAAAAACUUCGUUCAACUGAUGCGAGAUUGAAAGAACUUGAAACUGAAGUCAUGAAGCUAGAACGAGAUCAAGGAAAUCUGUCAGCAAAAGUUGAAGAUUUGAGAUCAAAGGAACGUGAAAUGAGAGAAAAAAUCACCGAUGAUGCAAGAGAGCUGGAGAAAGUAACGAACAAGCAAAGUAUGCUGAUUAAAAAGAAAGACGAGAGCAUGAGAAAAAUUCGUGAUCUCGGUUCUUUGCCGCAGGAUUCAUUUGACAAAUAUCAAGGGCUCAGUGUACGUCAGUUAAUGAAGCGUCUGGAUGAGUGCAAUCAAGAGUUGAAAAAAUAUUCUCACGUAAAUAAAAAAGCUCUCGACCAAUUUGUCUCUUUCUCAGAACAGAAGGAGAAACUGCUAAAGAGGAAGGAGGAAGUUGACAGAGGAAAACAAGCAAUUUUGAAUCUCAUGGAGCAUAUGGAACAUCAAAAAUACGAAGCGAUUCAAUUCACUUUUAGACAAGUUUCAAAGAAUUUUAGUGACGUAUUUGUGAAAUUAGUUCCUGGUGGAAAAGCAACUUUGAUCAUGAAGAAAGGUGAAAAUCAAUCGCAACCCGAUGGUGACGCAGAAAGUGAACCAUCUGCCUCGAUCGUGGACCAGUUUGUCGGCGUCGGAAUUAAAGUAUCAUUCUCUGGUAAAGCAGCAGAGACACGAGAAAUGCAACAGCUGUCUGGUGGGCAGAAAUCAUUGGUCGCUCUUGCACUGAUUUUUGCUAUACAAAAGUGCGAUCCCGCACCUUUCUAUUUGUUUGAUGAGAUUGAUCAAGCGCUUGACCCCGCCCACAGAUCUUCAGUCGCAAAUAUGAUCAAGGAUUUAUGCCAGUCCGCACAAUUUAUCACAACUACUUUUAGACCAGAGUUGCUGGAAGCUGCUGACAAGUUUUAUGGAGUUAUCUAUAGAAAUAAAGUUUCCCUCGUUCGAACAAUUUCUAAAGAGGAAGCAAGAGAAUUUGUGGAAGAUGAUACAAUGCAUGGAUAAUGGGACCAUUUUAAAGUUUUCAUGUUUUUACAUAAUAUGACUUUUUAUUGUAUGAUUGGUGACAAAUAUUUUGAUUAGUUGUUGAAAGAGCAUUAGACUGAAAGUCUGGAAAACUCAUGCAUUGAAGCUUGUUUCAUUCAUUUCGGGAUAUGUGAAUGUUUGCUCCAAAAAUGCAGU